AUGCGUUUGCUUUCCUCGGCCGCGUUUCUGCUCUGCAUAAUCUGUGGAAUAGUCAAUCUGCGGACAAGUUCGGCUUCGCCCAUACGGCUUUCGAAGCGCGCAGAUGUCGCGGCGUCCUAUGAUUUCGUUAUUGUCGGCGGCGGAGCGGCGGGUCUGGCACUCGGGGCGCGCUUGAGUGAGAGCUCCAACCAAACCGUGCUGGUGUUGGAAGCUGGACCAUUCCCCGAGAUCGUUGCUUCCUAUUCAACACCUGGAGCCGGCCAGCAAGUCCUCGGCUCACUGCUCGAUUGGGCUUUUGUCACACCCGCGCAAGAAUCCUUAGACAACCGAACGAUUACCUACCGCCGUGGGAGAGGCGUCGGAGGCAGCACAGUCAUUAAUGGCUUGACCUAUGGGCGCGGAUCAGCCAGCAUUUAUGAUCUCUGGGAGAGCCUCGGCAACGAAGGCUGGAGCUGGACGGAUGUCUUUCCUUUCUUUCAAAAGAGCACCUCUUUCAUUCCUCUGGAAGUCUCCGCAUACCAGACAUACGAUGAGUCUGCAUACUCGCCUUCUGGACCGAUUAGCCUCUCAUACCCGACAUACGUGAGCCCCGCUUCCACUGCGUUCAUCGAAGCCCUCGGAGCUGUCGGCGUCCCUACGGUGAAUGAGCUCAAUCUUGGAGACAACGUCGGCGCGAAACAGGAGCCGCUUACCCUUGAUGCCCGACAACAACGGUCUUCGGCGUACGAUGGCUACUACAAACCUGUGCGGAAUCGGCCUAACCUGACCGUGCUUCCUCUGGCAACGGUGCGGCAGGUGAUCACAGAGAUGCGGAACUUGUCUUUGACAGCAACUGGGGUUGUCUUUGCGGAUCAAACCUCAGGGAGUACCAUGAACGUUACAGCCAGAAAGGAGGUCAUCCUGAGCGCCGGUACAUUUCAGACGCCUCAGUUGCUGAUGCUCUCGGGCAUUGGACCGCAAGAGACACUCCAGGAAUUUGGCAUUCCACAGUCCCUGAUCAACGAGAACGUGGGGCGACACAUGCAGGAUCACUUGUACUUUAGUGUCAUUGCUCGAUCGCAACCAGAAGCAUCUUCAUCUCAGGUCUACAAUCGCAUCGAUCUCCUACAAGAUGCGGAGAUGGAGUACACGGCAAAUAGAUCAGGUCCUCUGACCACGCCUAUUGGCGCUACAUACGGAUUCGAACAAGUUCCCGAAGCUGAUCUACAAGCCAUUGCUGCCGAUGAGCUACUUGCUGGCCGGCAAAACCAGACUCAUAUCGAGUACUUAUGGGAAAAUGUCUACUACCCCGGGACGCCGUCUACGAUUCUGCCCCAGUAUCCCCCGAACCUAGACGAGUCGUUCUUUUCGGUGACCGCAGCGCUGAUCGCCCCGGUCUCGAGGGGCAACGUGACGCUCCAGUCCAACAGUAUCCAAGAUGCUCCAGUGAUAAACCUCAACUAUCUUGAGGCCGAGACCGAUCAAAGGCUCGCCCUCUACGCCUUCCGCAAUCUCCGCACCAUCCUCGCCCAGCCUAGUCUCGCGAACUACACCAUUGGGCCUGCGAACGGCGAAGUUGUCCCGGGCCCCGACAUCACCGAUGAUGAGACUAUCCUAAAGUACAUCAAAUCGACAUUGCUCCCCGUCUGGCAUGUGGCUGGGACGUGUCGCAUGCUGCCACAAGCUCAAGGUGGCGUUGUGGACAGCAGACUUAGGGUGUAUGGAGUAAAGGGACUAAGGAUUGUGGAUGCUAGUAUCAUGCCUGUUAUCCCGGACCAGCAUACUCAGGGUGUGGUUUUUAUGAUUGCUGAGAAGGCGGCCCAGAUGAUCCAGGAAGAUCACGGUUUUUAG